AUGGGGCUGGAUCGAUGGACGCCGCAUUUCUCUCCGGAGUCAAUGGAAGGAUUAUCCUCCCCUGUAUGGAUUCGUCUUCCAAACCUUCCUCUUCAGUAUUGGGAUGAUUGCAAUAAUGCUAGGAUUGCGUUGAAGAUCGGAGUGCCGCUCUGGAUCGAUGCGCAGACAGGAAAUUGGGGUAGAAGGGAGUAUGCCCGGGUGUGUGUCCGAAUGUGUUUGGACAGGAAACUGCAAUCGGGAAUUUGGAUUAAUGGUAUGAACGGGAGGUUCUACCAAAAGGUAGUAUAUGAAGGCAUUGGGAUAUUGUGUUAUGGAUGUGGAAAGGUGGGGCAUCAGAAGGAGUUCUGUCCAUCUAAAGCUGUUGGACAAGGGGGGAAUGAGACCAGAAGAGCAGAAGAACUCUCAAAGCAAGGCGACAAGGGAGAUGGUAAUUCUGCCCAGAAGUUGAGUAAGAAUGGGAUAUUGGAUCCCAUACAAACUAAGAAAACGGUUUUACCUGUUGUUAAAAUAGAGGAUGGUGGCAAAGGAAAAGCUGUUGACGGCCGUAAGAAGGGGGGGAAUGCUGAAGCACAUGAUGAAUGUAAUGGGGGAAAAGUUGGCAUGGAGGAAGGUUCACAGAAUAAUGAGGACCAUACGGGUCCUUGGAUUCAAGUUCCCCCACUGAGAAGAAGAACGGCACAAGCACAGGGCAAGAAUAAGGAGAAUGUGGGCAGCAAACAGAAUUUCAACUUUCCUAAGCAAGUGGACUUAAACAAAGUUCAAGUACCGGAUAGUAAGGUGAAGCCCACUCAUAAGCAGAUCGGAAUGGGGUUCAAGCAGAGGCUGCCAUUCACGGAUGGUAUUAGAAUGAAUAAUAGAGCCAAUGCUCUAAAGGAGCUUAAUCAAUUGGGACCCAUGGUGGAGGCGCCCAGGAAAAGGAAGAAGGAGAUGCUGGGAGAGCAUGACUGUGCAAACAUUAGCGGCGGGGACGCUUCCCCUUUGGUGUUUAAUGCCUGA